UAGUAACGUGCACCUUGUCGUGUCUUCACUUCCUCAGCAGCCUACAUAUUUUGCACGGCUGUUUUUGUGUGUCAGUAUAUAGUGGAUAAAGUUGGGCUGUCAGAAGUUUCAACUAUAGGCAAAGGUGUUGGGUGUAGAUCGGUGGGCUUAACUUCAAACAUCUCAGAGACCACGACUGUGCUGCAGGAGGUAUCUGCAACACUCUGCAAUGAUCUGCAAUGAUCUCAUUUGACAUGGAAGAGAUGAAGAUUACAGGAUUAAAAUGGAGCAAAAAUGGAUGCAGCUUCUGGUGAUCCUGGUGUUUUACCAAAGAAUAAACACUGGAGCUUGUGAAGAGAGAGUGAAGCAGGGACAGCCGUAUGAAAUCACCUGUAGGCUUCAAAAAUCUGUCUCUACCUAUUUCUGGUUUAGAGUACUGGACACACAUGCUAUGGAAUUCAUUGCAUCGUACGGCAUCAAUGGGAUAAAGACACAAUCAUCCACCUUCUCUUCCUUCAGUCAUAGAACAAGCGGAACAAUCUUCAUCCUCACAUUGAACUCAUUUGACAAAACUCGCGACAGUGGCGUUUACGGCUGUGCAUUUCAGAAACAGUCGAAAUUGGAGUUUGAUGGGGUUACUCGACUGGUUGGAGAAAAAGAUGAAGUCCAAAAAGAAGCACCAGUGGCAACCAUCGAACCAACUCCAUGCACCACCGCCAUACCAUGUGUCUGUGACAAGACAAGAGAGCAAGGGGAAACAAAUCCUUCCAUGCUUUGUUCUCCGAUCAUAUUGGGUCCACUCGCUGGCAGCUGUGGCCUUCUUCUUCUACUCCUUAUCAUCACCACUCUGUACUGCAACAAAAUACGAACACGGAGAUGCCCACACCAUUAUAAAAGAAAACCACGGCCGAUGCCUCCUGGAAAACAGAUGAUGACCAACAGACGGACAUAAAGUGACAUGGACGUUCCUUUGCACUGAAAAUGUAGGAGUGUUGAUUCAUAAUAGCAGGAUUUUUUGCUCUUUAUUUUGAGGGUAAACAUUUUGUUGCAAUCUUCAAAGUCAGUAGCUGUUCAAGAAUUUAAUAUAUGGACUACUUUAGAAACCAGUUUCACAGAGCUUUAGUUUACAAUGCUGCGCUAUUGUCAAACUGAAAUUCAUGUGUCUGUUAAUCCAAUCACCACAGUAAAUGAUGAGUAUACCCCACAGAAAAUCUAAGAAAACAAUAUAUGAAAUUUAGGAAAUGUAAAAAGAAUUCUUUACUUUUUUUUUUUUGGUGUUAUUUGAUUUAUAUUUACAUACAUUUCUGAAGCUUUCAUCAGACUUAUAAUCAUGAAAUACCUGCAUUUAUUGCAUCAGUGUCACUAUAUCUAAGGAUCUUUAGAGUAAUCGUGCAGUAUUUUGAGACUUUUAGGUUGCAGGUUGUAAAAAUUUUGUAAGUGCGUAUGUGAUUCGAUGUCAGGGCCCUGACUUAAAAGCUGUGGGUAGCUUCUGGGUGUUCCCAUUUCACAAACGACAAUCAUAUGAGAACUCAAGAUUAAUGUUAUCAGCAUCUUAUUUAAUUUUGUGGAUAAACUAAAUUAAAUGGUUGGUCUUUAUUGAUUUUAGACCAAAGCUGCUGCUUUGUUUCUUAACGUUGAAAUUUCAGCUGAGCUUUGACAGUUAUUUCUUGCGGGUAAAUCUGAUUCAGUUUUCAUCCAUAUUAGCAGUUAUUUUAGUUCGACUUGUGCAAAAAAGGAGCACAUAGAAUUUUCUUUCUUUCAGUUUGUUUUUUCUUUGAAUUAUAUUUACAGGCCUGAAAACUUUUUUCAAUCUCCACACUUUUGUAACUGGAAAUAAAAUAUACAA